AUGGAUACACAAGAAGGCGCACGUAUUAGUCGUACGUUAAAAAAGGCAUCACUUAGGCGCAAUGAAUGCAUGAAAAGUAUUCGUAAGAUCCAUUCGCUCGCGGAGCGUUGUGUAGAAAAUGCAUCGUUGGUUUCGCAGUUGUCGUUUAUGCUUGAGGAGGUAGACGCGAUCUGGGCGGCCUUUGUUUCUGAAAGCGAAACUGUGAUGGAUUGUCUGAUUGAUUUAGAUCGUGAAUCAGAAUAUUCAGUUGAUCAAGUCGUUGAGCUUCGAGAAUUGGUUUCCUUCGCUCGGGCAACUCUUAAUCGUUACAGCUCUGAUCAGAAUGCUGAAACGUCUAUUCGAAGCGAUGUUCGUAGAAACUCCAGUACAUCUCUUGUUGGCCAACAGUCUGUAAAUGAGUUAAUUGUUGAGGGAGCGGACCACGAACUUCGUAGUCAAAAUAUACAUGACAGUGUAAUAGUGUGCGCGAAUCCCGGGGAAAACGGUACAAAUAUCCAAGUAGAUUCUGAUGGUUCUAGCUUACGUAGUAAUAUGUCUAAUGUCAAACUGGUCCGGUUACCUGAAAUACCUCUGCCCACCUUUCAUGGCGAUAUUUUUAAAUGGUUAACAUUUCGGGACCGCUUUAUUUCAAUGGUAGAUCAACGCCCAAAUAUUAACGACAUCGAUAAAUUUUAUUAUUUAACAGGCUGUCUGAAAGAUAAUGCGUUAGAAGCAAUCUCUGGUAUACCGGUAUCCGGCGAAAAUUAUAAAUUGGCGUGGUCCACGCUAACGGCACGUUUUGAUAGACCGCGCUUGGUUGCUUCUUCGUUGAUUGAUAAAUUAUUAAGUGCUCCUAAAGCUUCAACUGAGACGCUUUCAGAUCUACAUAAAUUUUUAUUGGUGUUCGACGAAGGGGUGUCGGUUCUUGAUUCUAUGAAACUCCCCGAUCUCGGCGAUUUUAUUUUAUUUUCAGUGGCUUCACGGUGUUUACCGUCAUAUUCGAUCAAACUUUUUGAGUCACAACUCUCCAACGGGUUUCCUACAGUUAGGGACCUAUUAGCUUUCGUCAAGUCACGUAUCAAUGUUUUAGAAUGUGUACCCAACGUACCGCGUGAUUCUGUUCACAAGUCAAUAAAACAGUCGGUCCCUCAAAAUUCGUAUGCCACACCGAAUCGUUAUAAUUCCGGCGUUAAUAAGUUUAAAAAACAACAGUCCACAUCGUUGAUGACUAAUACGGUGAUAUCGAAAUCAAACGUGUUGUGUCUCAUCUGUAAGGGGUCGCAUGCAGUGUCGGUAUGCCAUAAAUUUACGGGCUGGUCCGUAGACGUUCGAGAAAAAUGGGUUCGUGAAAAUAGAUGUUGUUUCCGGUGCCUGCGCAUUGGCCAUUGGGCCCCUGAGUGUAAGUCUCCUGUGCAGUGCACUAAAUGCACCCGCAGACAUCAUCCACUACUACAUACUUCGGCCACGGGUAUGAAUGAUAGAAGUAGCAAUCCAACUUGUAAUAGUCAGGUGUCCCGCGAAGAAAGCACGGCGCAAUCGUCUCUUUUAGGCAGUAGUACGCAAAAUUCAUCGUCUGUUAUUCUCGGGACCGCACUAGUUCAUAUCCGCGACUGUGGUGGUGUGUUGCACACUAUGCGCGCUCUGGUUGAUUCUGCGUCCCAGAUAAGUGCGAUUACCGCGGAUGGCGCUGCCCAAUUGGGUUUAAGAGUUACCCGUUGGACCGCCCCUGUAUCUGGGUUAUCAGGUGCUUCGGUACUGAACGUUAAGGGAAUGGUCACUUGCGAUAUUCAGCCUCGAUUUUCGAAUGAACCAUUUAUCAAUUUUACAGCUUGGGUGUUCCCCACGGUUACAGGUAACAUGCCUAGCCAGUCAGUAUCCAGCCAGGUAGCAGACAAAUAUAAAAAUUUGGCCCUAGCGGACCCCUCGUUCACGAUACCAAGUAAGAUUGAUUUGUUACUCGGUGCCGACAUAUUUGCGCGUAUCUUGAACGGUAAACGGGUGUCGGUAGGUGACUCGUACCCGGUGGCAUUCGGCUCAAUAUUUGGUUGGAUAAUAAUUGGCCCUGUCCCUCCUUCGAAUAAUUACGUUCCUACUUCACAUCAUAUCUCAUUGGUUUCCUCAAUCGAAUCUUUAAUGGAUAAAUUCUGGCAAGUAGAGGAACCAGAAGCGGCCCCAGUGACCUUUACUUGUGACGGAAAAUGUGAGGAGUUGUUCCGUGAUAAAUGUUCUCGUGACGAAUCCGGACGUUUCGUUGUGCCCCUGUUGUUCCGUCAAACGGUCGCGGACAAUAUCUUUUCUGGCUCGCGUGCUGUCGCAGUAAAACGCUUUGAAUCCCUCGAGCGAAAGCUUACGUCAGACGACCGACUUCGCGAGGCGUACUGUAACUUUAUGGCUGAAUAUCUAUCCUUAGGGCACAUGUCACCGGCUACGACCACUGGUUCCUACUUUAUACCACACCAUGCUGUGUUCAAGUCUUCCAAUUCAGAAGCCAAAAUUCGUGUCGUGUUCGACGCGUCCGCUCAAUCGUUUUCUAGUACAUCGUUAAACCAAUGUUUAUUCGCGGGCCCAAAAUUACAACAGGACGUUAUUGAUGUACUGAUGCGUUUUCGUCUGCCGCGUUAUGCAUUUACCGCGGACAUUAAUAAAAUGUAUCGGCAAGUUUUGUUAAUUCCCGAACAUCGUCGUUAUCAACACAUUCUAUGGCGUGCAUCCCCGCAGGAUGAGCUUAAGGCAUAUGAACUGAAUACAGUAACAUAUGGGGUAAACUGUGCCCCGUUCUUAGCUAUACGGGUGCUUCGGGAAAUUGCUGAGUCUGACUGUGUUGACGUUCCAUCUGUCCGUGACGCUUUAAUGUUCAACACUUACGUCGACGACAUUUGCGUGGGGGGUGACACAGUAGAUGAAAUAAUCACACUCCAGACCGAUUUAAUUAACAUAUUGCAACGAGCAGGAAUGAGCUUGAAGAAGUGGUCAAGCAAUAACACCGCGGUUUUAGAUAGGGUACUGCCUGAAGAUAGGGCCGGCGGGAUGUCGUCCUUUGAUGAUGAUACUUGUAGCGGCUCCAAGGUAUUAGGGCUUCAAUGGUCACAACGUGAUGACACCUUUUUGUAUAUUGUUCAACCUGAACGUUUAGUCUCAACUAAGCGGGGAAUGCUGUCACUAAUUGCUCGCAUAUUCGAUCCCCUUGGUUUAUUAGCACCCGUAAUAUUUUUCGCAAAACAUUUGAUGCAACGCGUAUGGCAGCUGGGUAUUUCAUGGGAUGAUCCAUUACCCCCCGAAAUAGUUGACGUUUGGAAUAAGUUUGUGGCGGAUCUCCCCGUGUUACAACAAGUAACUGUUCCCCGUUUUAUCGGUACUCAGACCGGUGUGCAAGGUGUCCUAUGCGGAUUUUGCGACGCGUCCGAAAAGGGAUAUUCUGCGGUCGUUUAUUUAAGGUUAUUUAAUCAAUCCGGACCACCAGUAAUUUCAUUAUUAGGGUCAAAAACCAAAACUGCCCCCCUCAAUUCGUCGACGAUUCCACGGUUGGAACUUUGUGCGGCGGUCUUACUCGCUCGGUGGAUGGUUCGAAUUAAAACCGCGUUAAAUAAUAAAAUCCAAAUAGUAAACUUAUAUGCAUGGUCAGACUCUACUACUGUACUUAGUUGGCUGAAAGUACCACAUGAUAAGUUUAAAGUUUUCGUUUCAAAUCGUAUUCACAAGGUGAUAACGUUACUACCCGACUGUCACUGGGAUUAUAUAUCGUCGCGUGACAACCCCGCAGAUUGUGCGUCGCGAGGUGUUUUCCCCACCGACUUGGUCCACCAUAAAUUAUAUUGGCGUGGACCUGAAAUUUUAUAUCGUGAUGUGCUCGAUGGGCCGACGUUGAGUCGAGACAUCAAUAUUGAAAAUUUACCGGAAUUAAAAAUCGUGUCGCCAGCGACGUUAGUAACCAAGACUAGUGACACUCUUGAACCGGAAUGGUAUUCACGUUUUUCCUCAUAUUCUCAUAUGAUUCGCGUUGUUGCUUAUGUGUAUCGUUUUAUUAAAAUCUGUAAGCGUCGUCAGACAUACGUAACUCCAUUUUUAACUCGCGCCGAAUUGGACCACGCCGCCGUGGCAAUCGCGAAAUGUUCACAACACAUUACGUUCGGUAAGUUACUUUACGAGCUGUCGCAGAAUCGUCCGAUUACCGCCGGACCUAUAGCUCGUCUCCGCCCGUUUAUAGAUUCCCGCGGUCUUAUUUGUGUAGGUGGCCGCCUGUCAAACGCAGAUGUGCCGGAAACACAAAAACACCCUAUUCUAUUAGGCAAAUCGUCGCAUUUAUCCAUUUUAGUAAUCCGUCACUGGCACGAAAUUACCGGUCACGGUGGUCCGAGGAUAGUAACAUCUCUCAUUAACCAGUCCUUUUGGAUUCUUUCACUUAAUUCGCUUAUUAGGUCCGUCCUUUGUAAAUGUGUCACUUGUGUCCGUUUAGCGGCAGUUAAUCCGCAACCCAUCAUGUCCGAUUUACCUACGUCUCGAGUGUCCGAAUGUCAUCCGUUUUCGUGUGUCGGAAUUGACUUCGCUGGUCCUAUUGUAAUGACGGAACACCGUUUACGUAAGGCCCGUCAAUUUAAAGUGUAUAUUGCCGUAUUUGUAUGCUUCGCAGUCAAGGCUGUACACCUUGAAUAUGUGUCUGAUUUGUCUACAGAUGCGUUCUUAGCAUCGUUACAACGGUUUGUCGCACGUCGAGGACUUCCCAAGGACAUUUAUACCGAUUGCGGCACAAAUUUUAUCGGGGCAUCUAAUCAGCUACGCGAGCUUGUCAAUGUUUCCGGUUGUAAGGACCAUCUUAUCUCUCGUUUCCAAUGCACUUGGCAUUUUAAUCCACCCGGUGCACCCCAUUUCGGAGGGUUAUGGGAGGCGGCUGUGCGUUCAGCAAAGCGUUUAAUGACACGUAUUAUGGGUGAACAUACCUUCUCCGUUGAAGAAUUGAACACAAUGUUGUGCCGUAUAGAGGCCAUCUUAAACUCUCGCCCUUUAGUUCCGCUCUCUUCUGACCCGGCGGAAUAUGACUGUCUCACCCCCGGGCAUUUUUUGAUAGGCCGCCCGUUACUUUCGCUUCCUGAAGUGUAUAUAGCUGAUACGGCUAUUCCUUUAGCUCAACGCUGGAAACUGAUAAACCAAUGCGCACAGUAUUUCUGGCGCCGCUGGCGCAAUGAAUAUUUAAAUACUCUCCAAAUGCGGAAUCGUUGGAUGACCGAUGUGCCCAACAUUUCGGUUAAUGAUAUGGUUAUUAUUAAAGAACCCAAUGUUCCUCCGUUACAAUGGCGUAUGGCGCGAGUUCAAGAGGUGUUUCCUGGGGCAGAUGGAGUAGUGCGAGUGAUUCGAGUACGUACCGCCACGGGAACUUUUACGCGUCCCGUUGUAAAGGUCGUGAAAUUGCCUAGUUCCUAA